AUGUUUCUUAGAACUAUCUCUCGGCCCGGUCCGGACACAGACACGGCGGCGGCAGCGGUGGCUGCGGCUGCAGCUGCGAAUCUUCCGCCGGGGCCGAGGAAGUUGCCGCUGAUCGGAAACCUGCACCAUCUCUUCCGCAGCUCUCAGCUGCCCCACCAUACGAUGACCGAAUUGGCGGCAAAAUAUGGCCCGGUGAUGCACUUGCAGCUCGGCGAAGUUAGCGCGGUGGUGAUUUCGUCGCCGGAGGCGGCGAAGGAAGUAAUGAAAACACACGACGUGGUCUUCGCGAAUAGGCCGUGGCUUGGUAACACCGAUAUUUUGUUUUACGAAAAUUCGGACAUUGCAUUUUCCCCGUACGGUGAAUACUGGAGACAGUUGCGAAAAAUUUGCACGAUAGAGCUAUUGAGUGCGCGCCGUGUCGACUCUUUCAAACCUUUGAGGCAAGAAGAAUUUUUCAAUAUGUGCAAGUGGAUAGCUUCCAAGCAAGGUUCCGCCGUCGACUUGACGCAAAAGAUUUGCUCGACAACGUGCGACGUGGUGGUGCAAGCAUCGCUCGGGAGUUAUAAGACCGAGGAACUAGCCAUGUUCGCGUCGCUUGUUAAGGACAUCAAUAAUAACAUAAUGGGACACUCUUUGGCGGAUUUCUAUCCGUCGAAUAGUGUCUUAAAACUAUUCAACGGGAUGAGGAGCCGCGCGAAGAGACUACACAAGACGUUGGAUAGGAUACUCGAAAAAAUCAUCGAUGACCACAAAGCCGCGAGCGAUAAGUGUAAACCACAAGAAGACUUUGUCGACGUUCUCCUAAAGUUCAAUGCCGCCGGACACCAACUCUAUUUAACCACGGAGAACAUAAAAGCCGUGUUAGCGGACAUGUUCACGGCUGGAAUUGAUACGUCAUCGAUGACUACGGACUGGGCUAUGGCGGCGAUUCUGAGAUAUCCCGAGGUCCUUAAGAAGGCGCAAGAAGAAGUAAGGCGAGUUUUUGGCGAAAAGGGAUAUGUCGACGAGUCAAGCAUGAAGGAGCUAAAGUACUUGAAGUUAGUCAUUAGAGAGACUCUAAGGAUGUAUCCGCCGUUGCCGCUACUCGUUCCUAGAGAAAGCUCGGCGCCAUGUGAGGUUCACGGAUAUAAAAUACCUUCGGGCACGAGGGUGAUGGUGAAUGCUUGGUCGAUCGGAAGAGAUCGCAAGUAUUGGAAAAACAGCGAUAGCUUUAUCCCCGAGAGAUUUCUCGAAAAUCCGGUCGAUUACAAGGCGCACAACUUCGAAUACCUCCCGUUCGGCGCCGGAAGGAGGAGCUGCCCCGGGAUGUCGUUUGGCUUGGCAACCGUGGAACUCCCGCUCGCGAUGCUUCUCUAUCACUUCGAUUGGGUUUUGCCGAACGGAAUGAAGCCCGAAAACGUCGAUAUGACCGAACAUUUCGGCAUCACGGCGAGAAGGAACAGCCCAUUGCUGGCAAUUCCCAUCGUCAAGAAACCUUUGCCUGCAACAAGAAAUUGA